GUUGACUUUUUAACUGUUUUUAAGAUGUGUAUUUUACGAAAUUUUUGCAUUCAUGUGUAAUAUAUAAUGUCACUAAUACUUUUUAAUGCUUUUGGUAAUAAGAUACUUGAAUCUGAUUCUGAGAGGAUCAUAAGCGCCCAGCGCCCCCUAUUGUGUAAAAGAAAAACAACAACAACAACAAAAAACUUUUGAACCCGUGAUUCUUGUCAACCUUUUCUACCAAUGAAAGUUUGACGUGUCAUUCAUGCGAUAUCAGGGAGUGUUUUGUUUGUUAGUUUUUAGUUUUUCGCUGAUCGAGUCAGUCAGAUUUAGUCUGCGUGAAAUCUUGGUUUAUGUUUUUAAUUUUCUUCUUCGCUUGGUAUUUUUUCCUCAUUAAAUGGCGCUUGAGGAUGAGCUGUCGUGUCCCGUGUGCACUGAACUCUUCAGUGAUCCUGUGUUAUUGAGCUGUGGACACAGUUUCUGCCGUCAGUGCAUCAAUGAUCACUGGACCUCGAGCAGAUCCAGAAACUGUCCCGUCUGUCGACAGGUGUCUCAGCAGCAACCGGUGUCCAAUCUGAGCCUGAGGAACACCUGCGAGUCUUACCUGAGAGAGCAAAACACGAGGAAAGACAGGGAUGGAGGACAAGUGUGUCAGAUUCAUGGAGAGAAAAUCGAGCUGUUCUGUCAAACAGAUGAACAGGUUAUAUGUGCAACAUGUAAGAAACACGAACACAAAUGGCAUAAAACACUGUCGCUACAACAAGCUGUUCGACAACGAAAGGAGAAGCUGAAAGCAGCUCUUCGUCCAGCUGAGAAGAGCUUGUGGUCAUUGCAAAAUGGUGCAGCACAAGAUGCAAAAAUCUCUAAUUACAAUCAGUCUCAGGUUCAGCAGACAGAGAGAAGAAUCAGGGAGGAGUUUAAGAAAAUCCACCGGUUCCUUAAAAAGGAGGAGGAGAGCAGGAUAGCAGCUCUAAAUGAAGAAGAGAAAGAAAAGAGAGGAAAGAUGGAGAAGAAAACAAAGGGCAAAAUACGUUCACUCUCAGACAGACUCCGAGAGGUGGAGGAGGGAAUGAAGGAUGAUGACGUCACUUUCCUUCAGAAUUAUAACGAAAUUAUGAACAGAGCUAAAUACACACUUCCAGAUGCAGAAGUGAAUUCAGAGUUUCAUAUUGAUGUUUCCAAACAUCUGGGUAACUUGAAGUAUCAAGUGUGGGAGAAGAUGAAGGACAUCUGCCCUUACUAUCCUGUGAUCCUGAACCCAAAUGCAGCUCCACCGGACAUGUCUGUGUCAGAUGAUCUGACCUCUGUGACCUCAUCACGUCUCCAUCGGCAGGACAAGCCCAAAGCUCUUCCUUUGUACAGGAAACGUAUGGUGUUGGGGAGUGUGGGAUAUGGUGAUGGUGUUCACACGUGGGAAAUUGAGGUGGGAAACAGUCGGCACUGGACGCUUGGAGUGUGUUUUGAAUCGGAGGGAAAAUCUAUUACGCAACCUCUGACUCCUGAAAACGGCUUCUGGGGCAUCAGACGUGAUGGAUACUUGUACCAUUUCCUGAACACACCACUAAUCUUUAAGCUGGAGACGAAUCCCUUAGUAGUGCGAGUGAGGCUAGAGGAUGGUUUUGAUUUGAAGGGAGGAUGGUGGAGGAAUGUGAGAUUUUAUGACGCUUCUAAUGAUUGCCCUUUUGCCAGCAUUACUGGAGUGCCUGCUGGGAAGGAGCUAUUUCCAUUUGUGAUCCCAGAGGAGCCUUCUGUCCCGCUGCGUGUCAUCCCAGCUAAAAUUACUUUGACUGUUGAACCAUUUGAACCGGUUGAACCAAAGCUAUCCUUUACGACGAGACAUCGAGUCUUGAUCGCCAUCUGUUUUUGUGUCAUUAUGGUGAUAUUGGCGAUUCUGUCAUUUAAUAUCGACGACAAAGAGCAUGACAAGGAAAGCAUUUGACAAGCAGUCUAUUUACUGACAUAAUGGUCUGCUGCAAUGCCCGAGACAUUAGCAAACAAAAGGUUAUGGACUGUCUGUUUACUCAAAGCGCUGGACUCCACCUGUUUGAACAUUGUUCUUCCUUCACAGUUCCCUGGCAUGACAAGGACACCAGAUUACUAUUGCCAUAAUGGUUAAAAGUAGUUUCAGCUCAUGAACAUUAAAAAAACAUUGAGAACCAAUCAAAAUCUAUCCAAGUGUGCACUUCAGUUGUUCACAUGAAUGUAAAUGAACCAUUCUUAGAAUUAACAUAACAUUAUCGCCAGAUGAGGAUUGAUCCUUGAUCCCUGUUUUCAUCCUGUUGCUCUGCAGCAGAUAUAACAAUCAUAAUGUUAAACGCUGGUGCUGUGUAUCUUUGUGAUGUAUCGUGUCGCCACCAUUACAGAACUGUUUGUGACUUGUUGUUGCUUCCAAAAACUCCAUGAAGUACAACAAGCGUAUCGAUGAGAACAGCAUACCGGGGCAUUUGAGAUUUAUCACAUUUUUGACAUUGCUUGCAAUCGUAAUGCAACAUGCCGGUCUACGGGACACAUAUUAAGCCUUUCAAUAAAAGGGUUAUUGAGCUGUUUCUGUCAUAUACAAUAAAAUAUCCUGCACAGCGAUAAUAAUAAAAAUCCUUACCUUCAGUUUCAACCACGUCCCGCCUCUUGGCCCAUUUUCAGUUAUCCGGGAGUGACGCGAGAUGACGCGCUGCCAAGAUGGCGACGGCCGCUUUUUCGCUUCCAAAAUGUUCUUCAGAAAUCUACGGGUGACGUCAUGGACAUUUCGUCCAUAUUUUUUUUUACAGUCUAUUGGUGAACCCCACAGACUCACUGAGAUUGUGAUGACGCUCUGCGCCACUAGAGGGAGCGCGAUUGUUUUACUUAUAGGUGGAGUUUAUGGGUCUGGUUACCAGUCGGGAAACUACAAUCAAAAAUAAAGAACAGAGACUCAAUUUUGAGGCCUUUAACCUGUUAAAUUUGGAAACUUAAACAGCCACAUAUUUUGUGGUAAGUUUCGAAGUUUUUCAUAUUUAACCAUGUAGUUAUAAAAAAUGAGUGAAUA